CGCCUGCGCGCUGGAAGAGGGCGGCAGCGGCUUGGGCAUGGCGGAGGUGGACCAGGAGUCGGAUCAGAUCCGACUGAAGUGUAUCCGUAAGGAAGGUUUCUUCACCGUGCCUCCAGAACACAGGCUGGGAAGAUGCCGAAGCGUUAAGGAGUUUGAGAAGCUGAACCGGAUUGGCGAGGGCACCUAUGGCAUCGUGUAUCGGGCCAGGGAUACCCAGACAGAUGAAAUUGUUGCCCUGAAGAAGGUGCGGAUGGACAAAGAGAAGGAUGGCAUCCCCAUCAGCAGCCUGCGUGAGAUCACACUGCUCUUGCGUCUCCGCCAUCCGAACAUUGUGGAGCUGAAGGAGGUGGUUGUGGGCAACCACCUGGAGAGCAUCUUCCUGGUCAUGGGUUACUGCGAACAAGAUCUGGCCAGCCUAUUGGAAAAUAUGCCAACACCCUUCUCGGAGGCCCAGGUUAAAUGCAUCAUGCUACAGGUGCUUCGUGGCCUUCAGUACCUGCACAGGAACUUCAUCAUCCACAGGGACCUGAAGGUGUCCAACUUGCUCAUGACAGACAAGGGCUGUGUAAAGACAGCUGAUUUUGGCCUGGCUCGGGCCUAUGGUGUUCCCGUAAAGCCAAUGACUCCCAAGGUUGUUACCCUCUGGUACCGAGCCCCAGAGCUGCUGCUUGGAACUACCACCCAGACUACCAGCAUUGACAUGUGGGCUGUCGGCUGCAUCCUGGCAGAGCUGCUGGCCCAUAAGCCCCUCCUCCCUGGCACUUCCGAGAUCCACCAGAUCGACUUGAUUGUACAGCUGUUGGGGACACCGAGUGAGAAUAUCUGGCCGGGUUUCUCCAAGCUGCCGCUGGCUGGCCAGUACAGCUUGAGGAAACAGCCCUAUAACAACCUCAAGCACAAGUUCCCGUGGCUCUCAGAGGCCGGACUCCGUCUGCUCAACUUCCUCUUCAUGUAUGACCCUAAGAAAAGGGCAACCUCAGGAGAUUGCCUGGAGAGUUCCUACUUCAAGGAGAAGCCCCUGCCCUGUGAACCGGAGCUCAUGCCUACCUUCCCCCACCACCGCAAUAAGCGUGCUGCCCCAGCUGCCGCUGAGGGGCAGAGCAAACGAUGCCGGCCCUGAGCCUGGGUCCAGCCCACCCCUCCACAUCCUCACGGAUCAUCAGCCGACGACUGGGAGGCCCCAGAAGGCCUUUGGCUCCUCCAGUUGGCUUUCCUCUUCAGCUGACUCCUCCCUGAUAUUUCCCUCUGUGUCCAGAUGCAGAGGGGAUUUGUGGACAGGGAUGUGGCUGAGUAGGAUACCCAGGAUAGACUGGGCAGUUGUAGCACCAUCUGGUGGCCUGUCUUGUCCAUCAGUGAAGGCCCACUUCUGGGGGAACAGAGCUAGAGCUGAGAGGCCUAAAGGUCCCAUUCAGUGUGUGUGGGAACUGGAGCUGGGCACUAGCCUGGAAUGAGUAGGCCUGGGAGAUAACUCUUCUUGGAGACCAGGAGCUGCCCAGGACAGAUGGACAGAGUGACCCCGGGCAGGAGGGAGCAAGGCUUAACUGGAGUGGGAUACUUGUAAGACUGUCAGGAUGAAAGCCCUUGGUAGAUGUGGCUGGCACUGGUGCCCAGGGAGAGGAUUGGUGGACUGUGAGAUAAAAAAAAAGCCUUUCCAGUAGA